UGUUUAAAAGAUAAAACUAUAACAUCGUAUGAUUUAGACAAAGAUUAAGACAAUCCUGCCUUAGUAACUUAUAUAUUACAAUAAUUUAUAAGAAAAUAUGACUUAAGUUAAAAAGGAUAUAAUUGUCAAAAUGGAAUUAUGGUGGAUUUCUCGAGUAAUAGCUCAUCAUCCUUAUACCAUUCUAAUGGUAAUAUUUAUUUUUUCUUCAACAUGUUUGAUUGUUCCCUUAGCUAUUAAAAAGUUUCCUGACUUCUCUGAUCCUCAGUUAGGUUUUGAGGCAAGAGGCACAAUGUUAGCACAAAGACUUAUUGCUUGGCAAAACUUAUUAGAAUCGAAUAAGCCAAGCGGUCAAUUGAUUGAUAAUCCUUUGGAACAUUAUCAUUAUAUGCAACAAAACUUAAAUAUAAGAACAAAACCUAAAAAUAAAAGAAAAGGAAAGAAAAAGUAUCAAAAACAAGUAACUAAUAAAGAGGAAAAAAUAAAUAAAGCUGAAAUUAAAGAUAAAUGGGAAGAGCUAAUAGAGCUAAAAAAUAAAAAUGCGAGUCAAGACUAUAUUGAAAAUGAGAAAUUUUUUUGUAAUUUACCAUUACCUGGUUAUGCACGUGUGGUUAUUGGUAGAAAAUCUAAAGAUUCAAACUUAUGGUCAAUGGAAGGUGUACUAGCACAAUGUUAUAUUGAUGCAGAACUUAGAUCAAACCCACACUUUCCUUCUUUAUGUCAAACACAAAUAGGACAUAAUAAUAUAGGACAAAAGUGUUGCAGAAGUUGGUCACCAGCAAAUUAUGUUGCACUUCUAUCUAAUCGAAGUUCUUGCCUGGGUGUAACAGAAAAUGAUCUUAGCCGUGUAGAAACUCUUUUGAAACAAUGUGUUUAUUAUUAUAAAAAUGGUCAUUUAACAUCAAAUUGUGAAGAAGACUUAAAUUGUCAAAAACAUGUUCCAAGUGAAUGCUAUACGCACAAUGCAGCCUAUCACUUGUUGCAUUACUUAUUAGAUGUUGAUUUUAUUUCAGAUCAUAGACAAGAUCCUCAAAAUAAACAAAACUCAACGUUGAAGUAUGCAAUGUUAUUUUUACCGAUUGCUACAAGCUCAGCAACUUUAGACUUUUAUAAAGGACUUGAUGAUAAUGAUCUAUCCUAUGGAAAAUUUUGCGUGAAGGGCAUGCAAUUGGGUUUAAAAAGUACAUUGUUUAACCAAUUGUUAGUGUCAGAUUCUAUCUUACUGCUUGUUGGUUUCGCCUUUGUAACAGUUUGCAUAUGGGCAUAUACUGGUUCUUUUAUAUUAACUGUCACAACCAUUAUUGCUGUAAUUUUUAGUCUUGGCAUUUCAUAUGCAUUUUAUACUUUAAUUUUAAAUAUCAAGUUCUUUCCAUUUAUGAAUCUCUUGGCAAUCGUCGUUGUUGUAGGAAUAGGAGCAGAUGAUGCAUUUAUAUAUUGUAAAAUUUGGGAGAAAGCGAAGGAAAAAAAAAUAUCAAAUAAUGAAUUGGUCAAACUGGUGCAAGAAACAAUGAAACAUGCUAUUCCAUCUAUGUUUGUUACAUCUCUAACUACUGCAGUAGCAUUUUUUGCAUCAGUUGUUAGUAACGUUACCGCUAUAAAUUGCUUUAGUUUAUUUUCAGGAAUUACUGUUAUUGCAAACUUCUUCUUAAUGAUUACUUGGCUGCCAGCAUGUGUCGUUGUGUCGGAACGAUUCAAACUAGGCGUUUUAUCUCCUGCAAAUUUUAUAACACGAAAAAUUAUUCGACCUUUACGAUUAUUUGGAGAUAAAGUGACGAUAGGUUUUAAUACUAUCCUUACAAGGGUAGUUAUAAAUUUUCGAUGGUGCUGGUUGUUAAGUUUAGGUAUUAUAGCAAUAGCAUGUUGCAUCAUUGUUUUUCAGUACCCUGGCUUACAAUUGCCAGAUACUGCUGAUUUUCAAUUAUUUGAUAGUUCUCAUCCAUUUGAAAAAUAUGAUUUAGUAUAUUCGCGAAAAUUUUGGUUUGAGAAACGUGGAAUGAUUGAUAAUGAAGAUGUGUUACCAUUAAGAUUUGUAUGGGGUAUUAAACCAGUUGAUAAUGGCAAUUAUUUAGAUCCUAGUUUAAUUGGUACACCAGAAUGGGAUGAAUCUUUUGAUGUAUCUCAUCCAGAAUCACAAGUAUGGCUUGAAAAAUUUUGUCGCGAUUUACGAGCUCAACCUUUCUAUCGUGAUACAUUAGGACCUUUAUUACCCAAUUGUUUUAUUGAAUCAUUACAUCAUUGGAUGCAAAGACGUUGUGAAGAUCCCAUUGAUUCACAUAUUAAUUAUACACCGUGUUGUAAAAAAAGUGAAUUUCCAUAUAAUGCUAGCAUUUUACAACGAUGUGCGGUUGAAGCAAAUGCAAAAUUAUAUAGUACUCCAUCGUAUUUGUGGGUUCGUAAUGGUGUCUCUGCUGGUUUAAAAUUUUUGAAUGAACCAAAUCUUAAACAAUUGCAAGUAUCAAAUGAAACAAAUUCUAUAAUAAUGCCAACGCCUAAAAUUAAAGCUCUAGUCGUCGAGUAUGACAGCAUAUAUAAUUAUAGUCUUUCAUUUUCAAAUAUGGAUCAAUUUUUUCAUCAGGUUGAAACAUGGAUGCAAAAUCAGUUAAAAAAAGCUCCAUUAGGAAUGCGUGGUGGUUGGUUCGUUAGUAGAUUAGAAUUUUAUGAAUUACAGAGAACAUUGUACGAAGGCACGCUUUGGGCAAUGGGCGUUUCAUUGGUUCUAGCUCUCAUAGUGUUAGCUUUAGUAACAUUUAAUCCUCUUAUCAGUUUAUAUGCAAUUGUAACAAUUGGAGCAGCAAUUGUAGUAACAAUUGCUGGUUUGAUUCUUCUUGGUUGGAAAUUAAAUGUUUUAGAAAGUGUUGCAAUAUCUACAGCAAUAGGUUUGACCGUAGAUUUUAGUUUACAUUAUGUAGUAAGUUACAGAGCAUGUACUUCUAAAGAGAAAGAAGAUAAAGUAAAAACAGCUCUUGCACAGAUGGCUGGUCCAACUUUAAUGGCUUCUCUCACAAGCGGUGCAGCUGGUGCUCUUAUGUUACCUUCAUGUGUAUUAGCAUAUAUACAAAUUGGAAUUUUUUUAUUCCUUGUAAUGAGUAUAAGUUGGAUAUAUGCUACAUUUUUUUUGUGUUCAGUAUUAGCAGUAAUAGGUCCAUCAUCUCAGUUUGCUCAGUUUCAAUAUCCCAGAUUAAAUCUAUUAUGGAAAUAUCUUCGCAAGAACAAGUCUCGAGAUGUGCCUGAAUCAAGUACAGAUAAUAGUGGAGCUAGAAGAAAGAUUAAAGGAAGAGGAAUGUGGUCAGAAUCUACUUUAAGUACAUCUAGUACAGUAUGUCAAUUCCACUGUAAUGAAAUAGAAACUUUCACAAGACCACCGCCAUCACCAUCACUACCUCCAUCACCAUCAUCAGCAUUACUUCAGUAAGAUGAAGAUUAAGUGAUAGGAUGGUCAUAUUUUAGACAAAAAAGGAAAAAAUAAUUAUGAUAUGAUAUAUACACUUCCGGAUUUUAAAUCAAUGAAUUUACUUGUUCAUGUAUAACUUAUGUUCUAUAUAAUCUAUGAUAAUGUGUGUGACUAAUGUGUCAUUGGCUGUGUUCAAAAUAGUUUUAGGAUAAUUAUUUGUAUAUUUAUCUAUCAUUAACAUUCAGUGGGCUUCCUAUCAGUUACGCAAGAAUAUGCAUAUUGUAUACAUUGUGAUAUGAGUCAGGCUUUAUGUGCCAAAUAUAUCGCAGACUGUUUUAUAUUUUACGAUCUAUUUUAGUUUCGGUUUCUAAACAAUUUUGAAAUUGCUCUAUAUUCAUAGAUGUAGCUUUAAUGUAAUUGUUACAUCCGAUGACUCUGCGUACCGCAAUAAUUCUAGGAUUAUUCCUUGCGAUUCGACUAAUUCUAACGAUCGCCUCGAUCGAGGGAUAGAUUCUGGGCUACGCAGAGUCACCGGACGUAACAGUAACUGAUGAUACUGAUAGAUUAUUAUACUGUUAGACUUGCAUUUACAUAUCUAUGAAUGCAUUUUAACUUCAACUUUUUUAUUAAAACUUUUAUAUUAUGCAUUUAUAUUUAAUUUGACAUAGAAAUAGAUAUCUUUUACAUUUGAGUAUUAAUAGGUCUAGUUACUUUUUUUGAUAACAUUAAAUUUAUAUAUUAUAAAAUGAUUUUUUAAAAUAAAUAGACUUUAAUUCUACGAAUAAUGUAAUAUGUUAAUUAUUAUGCCAGUUUAAGGAAGAGAAAUAAAAAAUGUUAUUUCCGAUAUAGGUUUGUAAAAUUCAUAACAAAGUUUACAUACAGAGACUGUUUAGUUUUUAAAUAAAAUAUUACAAUAAAUUUAAUAGAAUGAAUGAAUUUCUUACAUAUUAAAAAAUAAUGAGGUAUCAAUUCAAGUGUUUUACUGAAUAAUGCUUUAAACCUCAUAAAAAGAUGUGUAUGUCUGCAAUUAAAUUUAAGAAAAAGUAACGAAAUGUGGUAUAGAUAUCGCACAUGAUUUUGUUUCAAAAUUAUCUAUAUUUAUAAACUGUAUAAAGUAUAUACUAAACAAAAAAAAAAAAAAAAACAAAAAAAAAGACUGACGGAUUUUUAUGAUUUUCAUCAGUAGAUAUUAUUGAAUAUAUAAGAGAACUUUUAAAACAACUUUUCUUGUCACAAGCAUUUAUCUAGAAAUAUCUUUUGAGCUAUCAUGUAGUACAGUUAGUAUUACAUAUAGCAGUAAUAUUUAAUAUUAAAUGAAUAUUUAUUAUGUUUUCCGAUAACUUGAUUAAUUAUCUAUUAAUGUAACACAAAAUGAAGUUUACCACCUUAUACACAUUUCGUUAUUUAUAAAAGGAGGUACGAAUUGACUGUUUAUGCAGUACAACAUCAUACUUUCGAAAACAUAAGAAUUUAAGCUCUUAAAAAACAUCCAUUUUUGUAAUUACUGUAUAUGUGUUUAUCAAUUAUUUAAAUAUUUGUAACUAUCGUAUGUUAGAAAUAUAUAUCGAUAUUAAUCUAGAAUGUACACUGGCAAUCUUUCAUCAUAUAUCUACAGUAUAUGUAUAUGUUAUAUGUAUAUCUAUGUUACAAUAUAUUAGAGUGAGCUUGUUA